GUGUGGUGGGACGGGGAGCGAGAGAUGGGGAGCACCGUGAAUGACUUUUUGGGGAUCUCGGAGAACAGAUCACAUCCAAGAACUUGACUUGUCUUUGAUUGAUGACUGAGGGUCAGCCACUUUUCUCUGUUGCAGGUAUGAGGUUGCUACACUGGUGCAUGCUGGGAGUGACCAUCCUGCUGCUGGUUUGCGAGGUGGUCAUCAGCAGGCUGUGCAACUCCCUCAUCACCUUAGUAGAUGGUUUCCACACGCUCUUCAUCCUCCUGCACUUGGCUCUUCCUCAUCCUCAAACUUCAAGCAUAAAAAACACGCUGCUCCCGUCUUUGGAUUCCUCCGCCUCUCCACAUGCUUCGUCCUCCUCAGCAACACCACCCCCCCUCCCACCUGCUGAGUCAUCCAUUGAAUCUCCACCUGUGGACCAGGGAUUGUCCUUCAGCAGCAGCAGAAUUCAGCCUGUGGGGGCUUUCAUUUCUGCUCUCUUCCUGACCUCUCUGUGUCUCUCAUACUUCCUGGAAAUCAUCAGUUUUUCCCUGGAGCCGCACCCAGUGCAGCGCCCCCUGCUGCCUGUGUUGGUCGGCGCUGUCAGUCUGCUCCAUAAAUUGCUGGUUCUCUUGUUGAACUGGGAUUGGCUGCAGAAUGACGCCAGCAGGAGGCCCAACAGCGACGCUCACCUUGAAGGGAACCACAAAGUCUCGGCUCCAGAGGAAACCAGAGGCCGGGAUGAGCGUGGCCGUGUCCAAUCUGCUGUGGACGACUCGCUCCAAAUUGGGGCGCUUGUCCUCAGCAAUCCGGGAACCUUCGGCGUCCCGGACCCGCGCGCAGCAGCUCAUCAGGGCCGCAGGGACUGCGAGGCGGCCAGUGGCGCAGUCGAUUUGCAGGUUGGCGAAUGUGAAAAUCGUUCAGAAGACCCCGUGGAGACUUCCAAAGACAACACCUGCAUGGGACAUCUUGACAGUCAAAAUGCAUCUAAUGCCACAGUCUUCAACUCAUCCCAUCACACUGUACCAAGCCGCCGGGGGACAGUCAUUGUCCCGUCCUUUGUCCUCGUCGUGCAGGCACUUUGUCCCGCUCUGCUGGCUCUGGUCAACAGCCUGGUGAUGCUGCUAAUCAGCCCACAGGUCCUACACAGCUCGGCAGGCUGUGGCCUGCUGGUUUACCUGGAUCCUCUUCUGUCGCUGCUCGCUGUGAUUUUGCUGAUUGCCACCGCGGCACCACAGGUGCACAGGUAUGGACUUCUGCUGCUACAGGCCACACCGCCACACAUUUGCACAUCCGACCUUGGGCGAAGGAUCACGAGUGUCCCCGGGGUGCAGGCCGUGCACAACCUUCACAUCUGGCAGUUGACUGAAUCGUUCUUUGUGGCCUCUGUCCACGUGCACUGCCAUGCUGGGUUUCCAGUGCACAGGUGUGCUGACCUGAUGUCAGGGGUCACCAGGGUGAUGCAGAGCGUUGGAGUGAGCUGCUGCACCGUCCAACCAGAGUUUGCCUCCUGCUCGGGGACCUCUGCAGGCAGUGAGGGGGACGCCUCCCCCGUCAUCCACAGAGAGGACCCCUCCCUGCCGCCUCCUCUGACCUGCAGCCUCGCCUGUGGAAAGGCCUGUGCUGGGUUUAUGUGUUGUUCUACGGUGGAGGAGGAGACCAGCCUGAUGGCACCACCAGCUGGGGAGACAAAGGAAGAGCCUCAGACGCUGGUCAUCGAGAACACCUUCCUCUGACUGAAGUAAUUGUACUGGAGGGAAAUGAAUUCAUGUAAAGGUAGAAGUAAAGCAUGAACAGAUGUGAUAGUGUAGUCUCUGCCAUACCACUGAUGUUAUGCCUGUUAGUUUAAUGACAUCACGAUGGUGCUGCGAUCUCAAGUAUGGCGUUUCUUUUGUGACGCUUUCAUUUGUAGCUUGAAUUCUGUAUGUAUAAACAUUAACAUUGAACAGUGUCUCGUUUUAUUAUAAUAGAACUUAUACCAUAGAAUUCA